GGCAAUUCUUCCCCUCUUUGUGGUAAACAGGUCCAGAUUACCAACCUGAGCAACGGCAAGACCGUUACUGUGACUGUAGCUGAUGACUGCCCGACUUGCGCCAAUUCGGAAUCCAUCGAUCUUUCUGUCGCUGCCUUUGAAGCUAUCAGUGAUCUCAGCACCGACGGU